GUCUCCUUCAGGAGUGGCCAAGUGUGACAGGAGCCGUGCAAAAACCAAAUAUGGUGUCCGCAGCUCUGGUGCUUCUCACGUUGUCAACACUUGCAGUCCACGGGAAAGAAAUGUCUACAGACGGCCCUAUAAUUCCGCCAGGAUGUGAGGGAGAGACGCUCUGUGACAUUAAACCAGCUGAUUACCCGCAGGAGGAGAUCGAUAGUUACUUGAUCAAUAACCCGGAUUUCCAUAAACGGCUAAAGAGGGAGUUCCUUGGUAAAAAUCUUAACGCGGUGUCGCUUGCUGAGGGAAGCACUAAAGGGAACUGUAAAACAAAUGUGACGUUUACUACACCAUACCAGAAGGUCACUGAUCCAAGCAAGCUUCCCAGAGUAAUCGUGCAAUCUCAGUAUUACCAACAGAAAAUACAACAAGUAACAUGCGUUACAUCUUCGAAUGUUAAAAAAAACGAGAAUCAGUGCUUCGGCGCCUUAGUACAAAAUAACAAGAGGACCCAGUGCAUACAAAAAACCCGCAAGCAUAGGCUCGUCGUAUAUGAUCGUGAAAAACAGAAAAUGGAAGAAAUUGAUGGAAUAAUUAACGUUGAUUGCAUCUGUGAUGCUACUGAUGCGUACUAGUAAGGUAAACGCACCUACUAGUGCUCGACAUGCUAAUGCCUAAUAGAUGACACCUUACUGUCACUUCUAUUGACAAUGACUAAAGUUUCAAGACGACAUGUAAGGUGUAUUCGGGUAAUACCGAAUGUCGGAUAAUUCAGAUGAAAAUCAGCCUUAAUUCCAUCAUAAUAAAAGUCUCUUUUCGGAAUUAUCCGACAGUUUUCGACAUUCGGAAUUACCCGAGUAAACCUUACUGGGACCGCGUCGAGCACCAGUACGUUUACCUUAUGAUGGAAAGUGGAUAAAAGUCCAAAAUCUCCUAACUCUGGUCCAAAAUAAACUCUUUGUAAUAAAUACUAAUAAAUAUGUAUGUAAGUAUGUCGUCGCUUAGUAGUAGUACCCAUUAUAAUAUAAGCUUUGCUUAGUUUGGGGCUAGGUCGAAGUGUAAGAGUAUCCUUAAACAUUUAUUUAUUUCAUAUAUCUUUGUUCAAGUAUGUUUAUGAAUUGAUAUCCGAAAUUAUUUUAUUAUUUAUUUAUAAACCUAACAAAAACACCGACAAAGCGUCGAGCAGACGCUCGGGAGACGCUAGUGUGGAGUGACUUUAAUACUAUUAUGAUCAUUGUACAGUCACCUGCAAUAAUAUGUUACUCUUCGAAGGCCGCAAAAAUAUGUGACGCG